GACUCUCCCGCACAGCUGGCCGCGUGACUGAGUGUUGUGAAUUCUGAAUCUCGGUGUCUGUUCAUCUUUAAGAGAACAUGUCAGGUUUAGCGGCAUUUCUUCGUCAUGCUAAGGAAACACUGAGUUCCUGCAAGAAGACCCAGGUCGUCUUGGGCAACGAGUCGUGCGACCUCGACUCAGCCGUCAGUGCCAUCGCCUACGCCUUCCUCCUCCACUCCCUAAGGGCGGUGAGUGCCAAGCAGUGCCAUUCGGAUGUGAGGAAGGUAAUUGCCUGUGAUUUAGACAUGGUAUCCUUUGGCACUCCUGAAUGGGACGGUGUGGGUGGUGAUCCAUGUGGGCGGGGUUAUCAGAGCGUGGCGGAGAGUGAUGUAGAGGUCCAAGAGGACAGCGACGGGGCGGGCGUGGUCCCCGUCCUGAACACCCGGCGCGACUUCCCCCUCCGGACGGAAGUGACCUACUGGCUCGCAAACACGGCGUGGGUCCUCAGAGGCGCUGGUCUUCAGGACGAGAUAGAAUUGCACGAAUUGCACCAAAAAGGAUUCCUCCAGCUGUUUCUCGUCGACCACAACAUCUUACCAGCUGGCGACACGUGUUUAGAAUCAGCUGUUUGUUGCGUCAUCGAUCACCAUCGGCUGGAACGGCAGCUCGGGGCAGGCGGCGACGACAUCCAGCUCGAGAUGGUCGGGUCUUGCUCGACGCUGAUCGCCGAGAGGAUUCUGAGGGAGAACAAGACGCUGCUCGAAGACGAAGACGCGGUCCGGCUGCUCCACGGCACGAUCAUCUUGGACACGAUCAACCUGAACGAAGACGCCAAGAGAGCCACGCCCAAAGACGUCCAGGUUGUGGAGGAGUUGGAGAAGAUGCUCAAGACGCCGCCGGACAGAGCGCAGGUCUUCGCCGAGGUGACGUCAGCCAAGGGCGACGUCUCGAGCCUGACGACGGAGGAGCUGCUGAGGAAGGACAGGAAGGUCGUGGGCGGCGGAGGCGGCGGGGGCGUCGUGGUGGGAUGUCGUCGCUGCCGCUCAGGGUGGAGGACUACCUCCAGCGGGCCGACGCGGGCGUGGCUCUCGAACAGCACACCGCCGCCCACGCCACCCACGCCGUCGUCCUCAUGGGGAUCAGCGUGGCGGGGAAGGCGGUCGAGAGGGACAUCGCCGUCUAUUCCAAGGACGAGGCUUUGAGGACGAGUCUCACACAGCACCUCGAACAGACGCAGAAACGGCCUGUUGCAGCUCGUGAGCCUGGACUCGCCCGUUGCACACUGCGAGGCCUAUCAACAGAAGAACCACGUGGCCUCCAGGAAGGUCGUGUUGCCGCUGGUCAAAGAAUGGCUGGCUAAGAAUGGCUAAGAAUCUGUGAAGAAUAUUGAUCGCUUAGGGAGUCAGUUUUUUUAUAAUUGUUAUU